AUGGGAGGCGUCGUAUCAACUAUCAAGCUCCUCAUCGCCUUCUCCUGGUCCCUUCGCUCGGCCAUUGCUUCAGUUGUGAAACGUAUCCAAUCCGACCCGGGAAAGCCAUGUGAAAAUCCAACAAAGUCGUUCUGGCUCCAGGAGCCACAUCCGGUGGUAUCGCAGCACCAGUCUGAUGAGUUACCGUCUGAAGUUGAUGUAGUCAUCAUCGGAUCAGGAAUUACAGGUGCAGCUAUCGCGAAGACGCUUCUAGAACCCCCCAACGGGAAGAAAACCGAAAAACCUCUCAGUGUUGCGAUGUUAGAUGCUCGAGAGGCUUGUUCUGGAGCGACUGGCCGUAAUGGUGGCCACAUUAAGGAGGGUGCAUAUAGUGAAUACGAGUCUUUGAAGAAAAAGCACGGAAAGCAAAUGGCCAUGGAGAUCAUCCGUUUCCGACUUGCACAUCUAGACGCAUUGAUCGCCGUAGCUGAGGCAGAAGGCGAGGAAAUGCUCAAACAUAGUCAAAUCAGGAAGUGUGAUUCGCUAGAUAUAUGUUUUGAGGAGGAAUCCUGGGAGGGUAUGAAGCAUCAGCUGAGGUUGUUUCUUCGGGAUUUUGAAGAUCAGAGAGGGUUAUGGUUGCUGCAUGAGAGAUACGAAACAAGAAAGUUAUAUCCAUUUCCUUCGGCCAGUGGUGCAAUAUCCUCCCCCGCCGGCGCCCUCUGGCCCUACCGCUUUGUAACCUCCAUCCUCCACCGUCUCCUUACAAGUCACCCACAUUUUUCUCUCGAUACCUCUACCCCGGUCCUCUCUGUCACCACCUCUGAGUCCCACCCUUCCCACUACCUCGUCACUACUCCCCGCGGAAACAUCCUUGCCAAACAUGUUGUCCACGCCACAAACGCCCACGCAGCCCACCUCCUCCCCGGUCUCCGAGGCCUAAUCUUCCCCGUUCGUGGACACAUGACAGCACAACGCCCAACUCAGGGCGGCAGUGCAUUCGACGGAGAGGGAGACACCAUGGUAUUGAUCGGAGGAGCUCUGUUCCAGACCGGCAAUUUCGGUUUUGGUGAGGUUGGGGCUACAGAUGAGGAUAUGAACAUCUUCGCGUCUGCCCAUCUCGCUGGUAUUGUUAGUGCUGUCACUGGGAAGCAUGGGGCGACAAUGACGGAGGAUGCUUGGACUGGUGUUAUGGGUUUUACGCCAGAUUUGAUGGCUUGGGUUGGGCCUGUUCCGAUGUCUAUGACGGGGAGGCGGGAGAGACCUGAAGGUGGCAAAGAGUGGGUAGCUGCGGGGUAUUGCGGGGAGGGGAUGGUAAAUGCUUGGUUGAGUGGGGUGGCAGUAGGGAGAAUGAUUAACGGAGAGGACGAGGGAAACGUGGGACUACCAAAGGCAAUGUUGUGCACUGAAGAGAGGGCCAGAAACGCAGAUCUGUUGGAUCUGGUUAACGAAUAUUUGGGCUGA